GGCCGGUGCAAGCGCUGCGGCGGCGGCGGUGGCGGGCGCUGGCGGCCGGGGCCAUGAGGCGUCGGGGCGCCGUGCAGCGCAAGGUGCCGUGUCUGUUCGUCACCGAGGUGAAGGACGAGCCCUCGGCCAAGCGGGAGCGACAGCCAUUUAAAGUUUUGGCAACUGACACUAUAACUGGAAAGGCAUUAGAGGCAGAUGUACACAAUGCAGUUGCUACUGAAAAGAUGGACGGAACCUGCUGUUAUGUAACAACUUUUAAAGGACAACCCUACCUAUGGGCCAGGUUGGAUCGAAAACCCACCAAACAAGGUGAAAAAAGGUUUAAACGAUCCUUGUAUUCAUUGGAAGAUUGCAAAGAGUUUGUUUGGAAUAUUGAAGAGGAUUUCAAGCCUGUUCCAGAUACCUGGAUUCCAGCAAAGGACAUAGAGUUCUCUAAUGGCAAUCCUUUGCCCGAUGAAAAUGGACAUAUGCCAGGCUGGGUGCCCGUGGAGAAGAAUAGUAAGCAGUAUUGCUGGCACUCAUCUGUUGUAAAUUAUGAGGCUGGAAUGGCACUAGUUUUGAAACACCAUGCUGACCCAGGGCUUCUGGAAAUCACUCCCAUGCCAUUAUCAGAAAUUUUAGAACAAACAUUGGAGCUUAUUGGGACUAAUAUCAAUGCAAAUCCAUAUGGAUUAGGAAACAAGAAGCACCCUGUCCAUCUUCUGGUCCCACAUGGAGCAUUUGAAAUAAAGAAUCCACCUGCUUUGAAGCAAAAUGACAUACUGUCUUGGUUUGAAAGCUGCAUGGAGGGUAAAGUUGAAGGAAUUGUAUGGCACUGCCAUGAUGGGUGUUUAAUCAAGCUCCAUCGCCAUCAUCUUGGUUUACCUUGGCCACUUCCAGAGACGUACCUGAAUUCUCAGCCUGUUGUAAUUUCUUUUAAUAGAACUAAAUAUGACUAUGACUUUGAACCAAAGAGUUUGUUUCACCAUUUUUCAGUGUUGGAUGGACAAAAAUUUGAUAGACUCAAAGAUAUCAACUUUGAUGCUUGAAAUUAUUUCUUUUCUUUUAAGGUAAUUGUUUUAUGUCCUGAAUUCCUCUUGGGUCUACCACAGAAUUCUUCAUGAACACUCUUCUAGCUUGGGCAACAGCCCAGGUGCUACUGUAUCAUUUGAAGUUUAUCUUAAGUAACUAACUUUAAAUAACACAGAUCUGACAGCCAAAGCAGAGAUCUAGCUUCCAGCAUGUUUGUUUUAUUAAAAAAUCCUUAACUUUUGAACCCAUUCCUGGAAACUGUUAGCAUUCAGUGUAGGAAGUAUGUUUUCUACCACUGUUUGGUCCUAAAAGCUUUACUUACUAAUGAAUGCAAUCAACUAGAAAGUUCCAUAGGUUGUGCUUCUACAAAUGUAAUUAUUAUGACACUAUUUUAUGUAGGUUUGAGACUUAGCAUCAAGUUUCUUAACAGUAAAAGAACAUAUUUCAGGUGGGACCAGAAUCAGUCGUAAAAUUUGACAAUUUUUUUUUAAGUUGUAACAGUUUCUUACAGGGUAAGACUUCCUGGUGUCAUUUCACUGUACAUCUACAACAUUAUACUGUUAUUUAAAACUUAAUUUAUCUGUAUUCUAUAGACAUGUGCACUCUUUUGGGACAAAAAGAGUAAAUAAUAGAAAAUAUGCUAGUUUUAUUUUGGAGAGCCUAGUAAGCGGAGAGAGACAUGACUUGACUUAGUAAUUCCCAUUUACAACUCAAUUAGGAAACUUGAUCAAGGGCAUAUUAAGUAAGAUAAGGUAUAUAAAUAAUAAAGGUGAGACUUGAAUGAUCA